AUGGAAGUGUAUCGACGUAUUACCGAGCGUGUGCGUGGGGCUCUAUGGGCGCAUCACGGCCGCCUUAUGCCGGAACGGCAGUUUCACCGCAUUUUAGCAUACGUUUACAAUAACAAGUACGAGCAUCAGAUUCGGUUUGACCGCAUGGAGGUGGUGGGCCGCGCGUGGGAGGGUCGGGUAGAAGUUGUCACAACGCCGGCGGGAUUCCUGAAGCGCGUGCGGGUAAACCCGUGCGUGGCGGAACUGUCGUCAUACCAGCAGCAACAGCUUGUCCUGGCUGCCUAUGCGGAUGCGUGUGCUCACGGCCGACGUCUGAUGGAACAGGCCGAGAUGAACAUUUACAAACAAUUUCUAAAGGACCUAAAACCGAUUGUUAUGGGAAUUCGUGACAACCCCGAGUUUUACACGGUCCCAGAAGACUCUGUAGAAACGAUUGGUGGGACGCUGCAGAUGGGUCAAGGCCUUACUCCGAUGACGCAUCGCACCAUUCCAGCGGCCAAGGCGUACCUUCCGGUGGAUGAGGUUUGCGCUCGCCAGGAGUGGGAGAAGAAGUGGCUAAAUAGUCCGCAAGGUAAGUCUUGGGCUUUGACGCUGCGUGGCAAGAGGUACUUUGCGCUGCAUGGUCCGCAGUAUCGUCCGCGUGGUGCACCGGGUGCAAAGAAGGUAACCUUGCCAAUGGAUUUGACUGCACCCUAUACGCCCAUGGAUGAGGGACGCUUGUUGAAGAAGAACUGGAUGGCGUAUCUUGACAAUAAACAUGUAGCGGAAGCCAUGUGGACACGAGCCAAAAUAGGAGACAGAGAAAAAAUGCAACGGAGACUGCAGGAAACAGGACAAGCUUGGCAUCGCCCUAUCAAUGAUGAGGCUGUCUCACGCUGGUGA